AGCUGGAGAAGGAGGCGGAGGCAGUGGCGACCGCGAGGGGAGGGGGAGUCCCGUCUGACUGAGACGGCAGGCUUGGGCGGGCGGGGGUGCCGCUCUGGGCGGAGCGCCGGACAGGGGGAUGAGCUCAGCAGGCUCAGAGCGCCGCGGCAUUCAGCCCCUCGUGUCCCGCCGCUGAGCGUGAGAGGGGUCUGGCGCCGUUCCUCGAGCCCGACCGGCUGUUUGCGCGGGGGCCGGCGGGGAGUAUUUCUCAAACUCUGAGGCCUGCAGAAUUCACAAAUUGAGAUCUGGUAUUAUUUUCAGACAAAAAUCUUCAGUAAUGUAUGUGACCUUAUGUAAUGGAAGAUGAUUGAAGACAAGGGACCUCGUGUUGCCGACUACUUUGUAGUAGCAGGAUUAACUGAUGUUUCAAAGCCUCUUGAGGAAGAAAUUCACUUCAAUGAUGCCUGUCAUAAAGUAGCUAAACCAAAAGAACCUAUCACAGAUGUUUCAGUUAUCAUUAAAUCUCUUGGGGAGGAAGUGCCACGGGAUUAUAUUUGCAUUGAUGUUACCCCAACUGGAUUGUCAGCAGAUCUCAAUAAUGGGAGUCUUGUGGGGCCCCAGAUUUACCUUUGCUAUAGAAGAGGAAGAGAUAAGCCACCACUUACAGAUCUAGGGGUUUUAUAUGACUGGAAAGAAAGAUUGAAACAAGGCUGUGAAAUUAUUCAAAGUACUCCUUAUGGACGCCCUGCAAAUAUUAGUGGCAGUACCUCAUCACAAAGGAUUUAUAUCACUUACCGAAGAGCUUCUGAAAACAUGACUCAGAACACACUGGCUGUCACAGACAUAUGUAUUAUUAUCCCCAGUAAAGGGGAAAGCCCACCACACACAUUCUGCAAAGUUGACAAGAAUCUCAAUAACAGUAUGUGGGGAUCUGCAGUAUACUUAUGUUAUAAAAAAUCAGUGGCAAAGACCAACACUGUAUCUUACAAAGCUGGUCUAAUUUGUAGAUACCCUCAAGAAGAUUAUGAAUCGUUCUCACUACCAGAAUCUGUUCCCUUAUUUUGUUUACCAAUGGGUGCAACUAUUGAAUGUUGGCCAUCAAAUAGCAAAUACCCGCUGCCUGUAUUUUCUACAUUUGUGUUAACUGGAGCCUCAGCAGAAAAGGUCUAUGGUGCUGCUAUUCAGUUUUAUGAACCAUAUCUUGAGGAGAAUCUCACAGAAAAACAGAGACUUCUUUUAGGCUUAUCUUUGGCAGAUUGGAAGUCUGAUAGUUCCAAAACAAUUCACACUAACAAAUGCAUCUGUCUUCUUUCUCACUGGCCUUUUUUUGAUGCAUUCAGGAAGUUUCUGACUUUUCUGUAUCGUUAUUCUAUCUCUGGACCUCAUGUCCUUCCAAUUGAGAAGCAUAUUUCUCAUUUUAUGCAUAAAGUUCCUUUUCCAUCUCCUCAGAGACCACGGAUUUUAGUUCAGUUAUCACCACAUGAUAAUUUGAUUCUCAGUCAGCCUGUUUCUUCACCUCUUCCACUGAGUGGUGGCAAGUUUUCAACACUACUUCAGAAUCUAGGUCCUGAAAAUGCUGUGACACUGCUUGUGUUUGCGGUAACAGAACAUAAAAUUCUUAUCCAUUCCUUACGGCCUUCUGUGCUUACUAGUGUGACAGAGGCAUUAGUAUCUAUGAUUUUCCCUUUCCACUGGCCAUGCCCAUAUGUUCCUCUCUGCCCACUGGCCUUAGCAGAUGUCUUGAGUGCACCAUGUCCGUUCAUAGUGGGGAUUGACUCAAGAUACUUUGAUCUCUAUGAUCCUCCGCCAGAUGUCAGUUGUGUUGACCUAGAUACCAACACCAUUUCUCAAACUGGUGAAAAGAAGAAUGUAGCCUGGAAGAUUCUUCCAAAGAAGCCAUGUAAAAAUCUGAUGAACACACUGAAUAAUUUGCACCAGCAGCUUGCUAAAUUGCAGCAGAGACCAAGAGAUGAUGGACUAAUGGAUUUAACAAUGAAUGACUAUGAUUUUAAUUCUGGAAAGAGGUUACACAUGAUAGAUUUGGAAAUCCAAGAGGCAUUUUUAUUUUUCAUGGCUUCUAUUUUAAAAGGAUAUAGAUCAUACUUAAGGCCAAUAACACAAGCCCCAUCUGAAACAGCAACAGAUGCAGCCUCUCUUUUUGCCCUGCAAGCUUUCUUAAGAAGCCGGGACCGAUCACAUCAAAAAUUCUAUAACAUGAUGACCAAAACACAAAUGUUUAUUCGCUUUAUUGAGGAAUGUUCUUUUGUCAGUGAUAAAGAUGCAAGCCUGGCAUUUUUUGAUGAUUGUGUAGAUAAAGUAGAUAUGGACAAGAGUGGUGAAGUACGACUCAUAGAACUGGAUGAGUCUUUCAAAAGUGAACACACUGUUUUUGUAACACCACCUGAGAUACCCCAUCUACCCAAUGGUGAAGAACCCCCUUUACAGUACAGCUAUAAUGGGUUUCCAGUUCUUAGGAACAAUUUAUUUGAGAGACCUGAAGGAUUUCUACAAAUGCGGAAGAAUAAAUUACCUUCAAAAUCAAGUAGUCCUAAUAGCCCUUCUCCCAUGUUCAGAAGAACAAAACAGGAAAUUAAAUCAGCCCAUAAAAUUGCCAAGAAGUAUUCUUCUAUCCCUCAGAUGUGGUCUAGGUGCCUACUGCGCCAUUGUUACGGGCUGUGGUUUAUUUGUCUGCCAGCUUAUGUGAAAGUGUGUCAUUCCAAAGUCAGGGCUCUGAAAACAGCCUAUGAUGUGCUAAAAAAAAUGCAGUCAAAGAAGAUGGAUCCACCUGAUGAGGUGUGCUACCGCAUUCUUAUGCAGCUCUGUGGGCAGUAUGAUCAGCCAGUACUUGCAGUUCGAGUACUAUUUGAAAUGCAGAAAGCUGGUAUUGACCCCAAUGCAAUUACUUACGGUUAUUAUAAUAAGGCUGUUUUGGAAAGUACCUGGCCUUCAAGAAGUCGUAGUGGCUAUUUUCUCUGGACAAAAGUAAGAAAUGUUGUUUUAGGAGUAGCACAAUUCAAAAGAGCUUUAAAGAAGCAGGCACACUUAUCACAAACAACUCUUUCAGCAGAUGGCAGUGACCUGGAUACUGUUAGUCAUGGCAGCAUGGAUAGUGGUCAUGGGACACACACUGUGGAGCAGGCAUCUUUUAAUACGGGUUUAAUCAAAAUGUAUGCUACUGAUGAUAGAUCUAGUACAGGUGGCCAGUCUGAUCUUGGAUAUAAUUCAUUGUCUAAGGAUGAAGUUAGACGAGGGGAUGCAUCUACUGAGGAUAUUCAAGAAGAAAAAAAUAAAAAAGAGAGUGAUUCUAGUUCCUUAUCAGAGAACGAGAGUGCAAAAGGAAGUGCUGACUGCCUUCCUAAGCUCAGUUGUCACUGUUCUUCCAAUAUAGUCCGCCUCAAUGGCACAAGUAAUAACAAUGCUGAUAAAAUAUCAGGAGAAUGCACAGAAAGCAUACCUGAGCAGCUCAUAAUGUCAACUCUUGAGGAUACAAAUGAAACAGGAAACAUUCAAAGUAGAUGCUUCAGGAAAAGACAUAAAAGUGACAAUGAACCUAAUUUGCAGCAGCACUUGGCCUGGGGAACUAGAAACCUUAAUCUUAGUGGAGGUGUAUUGAUGGGAUUUAUGCUGAAUAAAAUUAACCAAGAAGCAAACCCUGGAGAUAUAGUUGAAAAAUUAGGAGCCGAUGCAAAAAUUCUUUCAAAUGUUAUCUCAAAUAGCACAAGGCCAAAUAGUCUUGAUAUUGGAAAGCCACCUUUAAGAUCAAAAAGAAGCAGUCUAGAAAAGGAAUCUAGUGAUGAUGAUACACCUUUUGAUGGUCCUAGUUGUUUGGCAGAUAAAAUGGAUUCUGCUGUUAUUUUUGACUUAGAAGAUUUAGACAAUGAAGCAGACAGAUCAAAAGUAGGAUAUGUUGCUACACAAAAUCCCAGGAGGAUUCAACGUAUGAACAGCAGCUUUUCAGUAAAGCCUUCUGAAAAAACUGAUGUUGCAACAGGAUUUGACCCCCUCUCUCUUCUGGUUGCUGAGACUGAGCAGCAGCAAAAAGAAGAAGAGGAGGACGAUGAAGAUGACAGCAAAAGCAUUUCAACACCAUCUGCUAGGCGUGAUUUAGCUGAAGAAAUUGAGAUGUAUAUGAAUAACAUGAGCAGUCCUUUGACAAGUCGUACACCGAGCAUUGAUUUACAACGAGCUUGUGAUGAUAAAUUAACCAAUAAGAAAAGUCCAACAUUGGUCAAGGCAGGCAGAAGAUGUAGCCUGCCUCCUAAUUCUCCUAGGCCCGUGAGACUUACUAAAUCUAAAAGUUACACAAAAAGCGAGGAGAAAACAAGGGAUAGACUCUGGUCUUCUCCAGCUUUCUCACCUACUUGCCCAUUUAGGGAUGGAUCUCAAGAUACAAUAACCUAUCCAUCACCUUCAUUUAAUUUAGAUACAUUGCUAGUACCAAAACUAGAUAUUCUAAGGCAUAGUAUGUUCACUGCUGGAAAAGGAGUUGCAGAGAAAGCAAGCAAGUGGUACUCAAGAUUCACCAUGUAUGCUACAUCAUCCAAGGAUCAAAGUUCUGAUCGUACCAGUCUUUCUUCAGUGGGAGCCCAGGAUUCUGAAUCUACCUCUUUGACAGAUGAAGACGCCUGCCAUGAGUUGGAAGGAGCCACUUCCUCCCAAGAGAGCAGUGCCACUUCCGGGACCAAGGGAAUUGAUCUCAGCCGGACCAGCCUGGAAAGUUCUGCCUCCUUAGAAGGAUCCCUCUCAAAGUUUGCCUUAUCUGGGAAAUCAGAAGUGCUAUCUUCUCUGAACACGAGUAAUGCAAAUAUCUUCCAGAACUAUGCAAUGGAGGUUCUCAUUUCAAGUUGUUCUCGGUGUAGAACUUGUGAUUGUCUUGUUCAUGAUGAGGAAAUCAUGGCUGGCUGGACAGCAGAUGACUCAAACCUCAAUACCACAUGCCCAUUCUGUGGCAAUCUUUUCUUACCCCUUCUGAAUAUUGAAAUUAGAGAUUUGAGACGACCUGGAAGAUAUUUUUUGAAGUCAAGCCCAUCAACAGAAAAUAUGCACUUUCCAUCCUCCUUUUCAAGUCAGACGAAGCACUCUUGUAUUUCAACGUCUGCCUCUGGACUUGACGUAUCUGCUCUCUCUGUUCAAGGGAAUUUUGAUCUAAAUAGCAAAUCUAAACUACAAGAAAAUUCCUGUGCCCGAAGUAUUCAGAUCCCUGCUAAUAGAUCAAAAACAGCUAUGUCAAAAUGUCCAAUAUUUCCAAUGGCCAGGAGUAUUAGUACUUAUGGCCCCUUGGACAAAGAAGAUAAUGGUGGACAGAAGCUCAUUCCUACAGGCAGCCUGCCAGCUAGUUUACAAGGAGCCACUGAUUCUUUGGGAUUAGAAUGGCACCUUCCAAGUCCAGAUCCUGUCACUGUUCCGUAUCUUAGUCCAUUAGUAGUAUGGAAGGAACUUGAGAGCUUAUUGGAAAAUGAAGGUGAUCAUGCAAUAACGGUGGCAGACUUUGUGGACCAUCAUCCAAUUGUUUUUUGGAACCUGGUGUGGUAUUUCAGACGUCUUGACUUGCCCAGUAACUUACCUGGAUUGAUUCUUUCUUCUGAGCAUUGUAACAAGUAUUCAAAGAUUCCCCGCCACUGUAUGUCUGAAGAUAGCAAAUAUGUUUUAAUACAAAUGUUAUGGGACAAUAUGAAAUUACAUCAGGAUCCAGGGCAGCCUCUGUACAUCCUCUGGAAUGCCCACAGUCAAAAUCGUACUCUUUUGUUUGAGACUCAGAAGUAUCCAAUGGUGCAUUUAUUGCAAAAAAAAGAUAACUCAUUUAACCAGGAACUAUUGAAAAGUAUGGUAAAAAGCAUUAAAAUGAAUGAUGUUUAUGGACCAAUGAGUCAGAUUUUAGAGACACUGAGUAAAUGUCCACAUUUUAAAAGACAAAGGAGUUUAUACAGAGAAAUACUGUUUCUUUCACUUGUGGCACUGGGAAGAGAAAAUAUUGAUAUAGAUGCAUUUGACAAGGAAUACAAGAUGGCAUAUGAUCGUCUCACACCUAGUCAAGUCAAGAGUACGCACAACUGUGACAGACCACCAAGCACGGGGGUGAUGGAAUGUCGAAAAACCUUUGGAGAACCUUAUCUUUAAGAUGUGUGUGUGUAUAUUGUAUAGUCACUGUAUAAAAUAACACUUUUAGAUGCUAAACUUUUUUCUUCAAAUUUUAAGAAUGCAUUUGUAAAUGAUUUGGAAGGUUCAGACAGCUUAUGUACAGAAUGUUUUCUGAAGAGAGUAGUAACAAAUAGGGAAGGAGCCACUUUGUUUCCCAUUUCUUUUUUCUUUGACUCCCCUAUAAUAAGUAAUUAAGUAUUUUUGUGAUGAGGAAAUCCUAAACAGAAUUGAUUGCCAUAAAAUAAGACAAACGUUUUAUGGUUUCUCUUGAAAGAGACAUAAAAACCAUGUGUGGAACCAAAACAGCAAUGUAAGAUCAAAGUAUCUCCUGUUUUCAUAGACUCUUCAAAUGUUUUGACCAUGAAAUUGUAUUAUACAUAUUUUAAAUUGUUUAUAGUAAGUUGAUAUUUUUUUAAUUUUUAAAAUUAAUAUAGCAAACUUAAAAUGAAUUUAAACUUAUGACACAAGCAAGUGUUUAUUUUCCUUGUCUGCUGCUAUUCAAAGUAAUUAGUACAGCUACAGAUCUCUAUAGAUCUCUCUAUGUACAUCUAUAUAUAUAUAUUUUUUAUUACUUGGGAGAAUGAAUUUUAAAGUGUCAGUGCUAGUGUCGCCAUCACCCUAGGAUUGCAUGUUAGCACCCCUCCACCUGAUGGCAGAGUCAUGGUGAGGGCGGUGUGUGCUUCCCCUCUGGGCUCACUGAGCCUUGUGGAAGGCGAGCCAGAGGUUCACUGUACAACAGCUCCAUAUUCUCCUCUGUUGCUAAUAGAUACCUACAGUACACAGGGAAAACAGCUCACAAUCCAAAUAGCAAUUUAAAUUUUAAUACUCUCCUUGAGAGUACAUUGGAAAUAUGACAGUUGACUCUAUUCCAAAUUUCAUCCUUAUUUUACUAUCUAAAAUGUUGAGCAUGAUACAAAGUAUACUAUAAAAUAUUUAUCUGAAACGAUUACUGGGGUAUUCUGUUAAUAGUAUAUAUAAAUAUUCAAAGUAUUUUUUUGAAAGUAGAAAAAUCAUAACCCUCUAAAAGUACAGCCAGGUAGAAUUUCCCAUAUUGAGGAAUUUAGCUUUUUCAACAAGCUUCAGAAUCUGAAGUUUGUGGAAUCUAAAAGGCAGAAAUAAUCCAGGAGUCAGAAAAUAAAUUGAAUGUUUAAACACCGGGAGUGUUAAAUUGAUUUUGAAAAUAUGUUUUAGUCACAUCAUUUCCAGUAUCAGUUUCUUUGGGUAAUUUCUGAUAAGGAAAAAGCAUCCCUUGCCGUUAGAAUUAUUUACUAUAUGUAUUCAAUACAUGUGUGCAUUUGCACAGACUGCCAUUUAUCAAAGAGGUCUCUAGCCAAUUUUAAAGAAGAAAAAAAUGAUGGUCCCAAAUUGGAGUGUAAAGUCAGCUGAGUCCACGAUGCUUACACUGGAAAUAACUUGGAGCCCUGAGGCUUAGAAUUGGUUUAUCUGCAGAAAAACUACCUUUUGAAUUCAUGCCAUUAUUGAGUUGCACCAAACUAAAACAUUCCACAGCUUUUUUACUCUGACAAAUAAUGGAAAGAGUUUAAAAACUUCAGUUCAAUUAGGUUGGGGCUGAACUUGCUUACUUGAAAAAUCUGGUGCUAUGCACAUUCUAUCUGCCUCUCCUAUGUAAAUACCACUCACUCCAUUCUUGGUCUUUACUGUUCAGAUCCAGCCUUCACAUUCUAACUGACUCUUGUGCUCUAUAAGUCAUUAGAAAGUUGUCAGCUUAGAGUAACAUUUGAUAGAGGAAGCUUUUGGUGUUGGUGGUAUGCAUCCAUCCAAACAGGAUUCUGGGGUUCUCUUCUGGUUUUCUUUGUUGUUUCUGUGUUGUUCCCUUCUAAGAACAGCUUACACUGUUACUUACUUUUUCUGUAAACAAUAUGUAGAAAUCAUACUUAAUUGAUUUCAGAUAUCUGACAAAAAAAGUAAGGCAAAGCCCAUUCUUUAUGGUUAAAACUCAUUUGGAAAAGUGAAUGUAAUUUUUAUCUCCUCCUUCCCAUCCUGAGUUUUAUUUUUGUUUCUGACUUUUGAUAGAGUUUUGUUUCCCCUAUUUUUUUUUUUUUUUUUGGUACCGGGGACCGAACUCAGGUCCUUGCGCUUGCGCAGCAGGUGGCAAAACCACUGAGCUAAAUCCCCAGCCCUGUUUCCCCUAUUUUUAAUCCGGAGAGAAUAUUAUUGCAAAAAGUCUUUAAAAAUAAAACCUGGAUCUGGAGAUGUGGCUCAGUUGUAGAGCACUUGCCUAGCAUGGGUGAGACCCUGUGUUUAAUCUCCAGCACUGCAAAAAACAAACAAAAAUAAAACCUGAAACAUGAGUAGAAAAUGGUACACCCUGCUCCAAAGAGAAUUACAACAGGGAUCAUCCUUUAAAUAAUGCUGUACAAACUUUUCAGUUUUCUCUCUGUUGACCAUACAUUUUGAAGAAUCAUGGCCAAUGAUGUUUGAGAGAGAUGCCCUUUAUCAUGUUCUCUCUUUAUUUUCUUACUCAGUUUUGCUUAUAUGUUUAAAUUGUUAAAAAAAUAAAUCCUGCUCUGUACUAGUAAUAUUUGUUUACUUCUUCCUCUCAUUAUGUCUGAGUGUCACUCUUUGGUAUUUUAUAUUUCAGAUUUCAACUUUUUCCUCCUGUUACCAGAUAGGGAGUUAUGCAGCUGUUAAUCUCAUUUUAUCUUUAUUUCUGAUUCUCCUAAAGUGUUUUUUUUCCUUUAAAACUCUAAAACUACAAGCUUAUUUUAAAGUUUUCUAAUAUGUCUCCCCAUUUUUGUAUGUAGAGAAAUGGCCCUGGAAAAUGUUGGCUCAACAUUUUAGACAAUAAAUACUUAUUUUUACUUAAUGCUUAUAAUUACUAUUAUACUUUAUUGCAACUAGCAAGUGUUAGCUCUUUAUAGAAGUUAUGUUGCAUUUUUAAACACUUUGUGGCAGGUAGAAAGAAAAUACUUGCUCAGUAAUGUGCCAUAGUCCAGCUUUAUUUUUACUUCUUCUACUAGCACAUAAAAAGUUGCUGUUAGGCACUUCAAUCUCAGAGCAAGAAGGGAGAGACCAGACUGCCUCUCUAAGAGGACCCUUGCCUUUGUGCUAGUUAGCAUGCUCUGCCCCUUCCUGUUUGGAUGUUAACACUAAGCUUCAUUUCGGAAUGGAAAUCUAGCAGCUACAAGCCAGUUUACCUUAAUAUUCUCAGUACUUAGUGUCUUAUCAUCCUUUCAUGUUACCAUACACCAUCUUCCUCUGACCUCAACAAAAACACAUUUGCUGGAGGAAUUGUUUUUGUUUAUAAUAGUAGCAGUGCACAAAUCAAUAUAGGAAUCUUUCUCAUUCCAAAAGUCUUUACACAUGUCCUUUUAUUCUGAGAUGGUAACAGACUCUUCUGAUAAAGUUACUGUUACCUUUCCACAACUGCCAUCCUUUGGCAGUUGAAUUUGUUUUGAAUUUGUUUUGUUUUUAUUUUGGUACCAGAGAUCAAACUCAGGACCUUGCGCUUGCAAGGUGGACACCGGAACUGCUGAGCUAAAUCCCCGGCCCUCCAUGCUUUUGAAUUUAAAGAAUUUUUUUUUUGAGACAGAGUCUAACUAUGUAGUUCAGAUGGCCUUGAGCUCACUGUGGAGAACAGGCUGGCCUCAAACUCACAGCAAUCCUCCUGCCUCAGCCUACUGAUUGCUAGGACUACAGGUGUGCAUCAUCCCCCUGCUAAAGAUUUUCUUUUCAAAUUUAGUACUGUGAUAAACACAGGAUAACUGAUGGACUUUUCUACAAUUAAAAUUUUCCAGAUUGUGUUUGCUCAUCACGGUGAAGGACUUGAACACCAGAAAUGCACCUUUGGUUGUGCAGGAGACUUAUGCCAGGGUAACCUGCCAAGCUCUAGUAACCCCGGGGGAUGGACAAGCCUGUCCAUGAGUCCUAUCUUUGCAUCUUUUAGAGUGACAAGUCCCUGAAUACAAUGCAGGCUGCACCUACAGGGGACCCUCCCACAAAAAAGGGGUCAGAACCAAGGGUAUUCAUUGGCACAUACAGCCCACCAGUUUAUCUCUGUGUAUUUACCAGAUUGUGCCCUAAAUAUUAAAUCCUAAUUCCUACCCAUUUUGGUACUAUUUUUAAAUUAUAAUUAUGAUAUAAGCAGUGUGAUUUGAAAAGAAAAACCUCUAAUUUGGGGGUUUUUUGUAUUUUUUGGUGGGGGGUACCAGGGAUCAAAGUCGGGACCUUGAGCUUCCGAGGCAGGCAAGGCACCACUGAGCUAAAUCCCUGGCCCUAAUUUGAUUUUUUUAAAAGUUAUUUUCAGAUCUAUUAAUGACCAUACAAUAUAAUGUUCAAAAUGUAUAAUAACAGUUUAAACAUAUCAAUUUUCAAAACUUUGAAAUAGGUCUUUUUUCAGGAACUAUAUAGAAUCUUAGCCCAUUUUACACUUUCAAAAAUCUAGCACAAACCUAUUACCAGGGCCAUCAAGGAAAUGCAACCCCAAGAGGGACAAAGUCACCCAUCACACCCAUCAGCCUUUGUCUUCCAGUUCAGACACCUGCGUGGUAACAACAUUAAGACUUUCUAGGCUGAAUGAAUGACCUCUAAUUUGCCCCAGGUAACUAUACAGAUCAUUUGACCUGUCCAGUGAGAGUGCCAAAAAAUAUUAUCUUGACAUUUUUUAAAUGGUGCUUUACCUCUAAAAAGGUAUGAUGUUAGUUAAGUUAUGGAUUUGUAAAUGUACAAUAAAAAUUGAUCCUUUAGAAGUUA